AUGGUCAACGUACUCAGAUACGUUGUCUACGCCAUCGCCGUCGUGUCCGGCGUUGAGGCCUGCAAGAGGACCUGCGACAUCGCCUCCGACAAGAACGGCUACUGCUACUACAAAUGCACCGAUGUGUGCGACAAUGUGCCGGCCUCCCAGGCCCGCAGCAAGUUCCUUGCUGACCUUCGCUCGGAUGGGAGCGAGUAUAAGGGCCUUAGUUACCCGUGCGAUGUCUGCGUAUGGUCUAUGUCGAUCGGCCUUAAGUGUCUGAUACCAGAGUCAAAGGGGCUUUUCCAUGUCUUUACCACUGUAUUACCCUAUGUCGACAAGGCUGUUGUCACACAGCCCGAUUCUCUGGGACAGCUUAGACAAAGUGGAAGACUCUUGAUUUCCUACAUAAAGAGUGGAAUCUCACGAAAACUAAAUACUUGUUGUAAUACUGCUGCCAGGCAGCAGUAUGAUAAUGGCUAUUGCCAUAAUGAGCGAGUUGAUCUUGACAGAGUGCAUGACGUUCUCCCAGCAGACAGGUCAACCAAUGACUUGGAAGUUAGGAUCCGAACACAAGAGGGACGGAGGAGCCAUCCCAUUCCGGCGCGUGUUCUCGACGACGUCCUGUUCAACCUCAACCAAACGAUCCAACUACACAACCGACGCGUAUACCCCCCGCAGGCGACCUACAAUAUCGCGGAACAGAUUAACAACUCCUACUCUCGAUAUUCCGAAGAACAAGUGAAGAAAUGGAAGGAUUCGGAAAGCAGUAUUGGACGAGAGCUGGACUUGGCUGCGAAUGACGCAAUUGAACUGCCUUCUUCGUGGCCAAUUGAGAGCGACUUUGGCAAGUAUCCAGAGAAAGCGCGCCAGCAUGAAACCAUUGUCUUGCGAUUAACGCUACUAAGUGAAGAGCAGAAAGAGAUUAGACUUCGUGUGGAAAAAUUGCGUCGUAUCAGGGACGCUGUUCAACCGCUGUCCGUUAUUGACGAGAGCAGUGUUCAAGACAACCUGGUCACACGGAAUGGGCCCGUGGAAGAGGGACUGGAGAGGAUAAGGGCCUUGCUAGCACGAGUGACAAGUCGAGUGGCUGGUUUGCCCGACCAGCCCGCGAGCAAUCGCCCACAAUCUACAACAAGCUCAACCGUGGAUUUGGGAAGGAUGACCAAGUCUAGGAAGAGGAAUAUUGACAGCUUUCUCGCAGACCCCCGAGUUUUCCCGCCUUGA